AUGCAAAAAACAGUACUUAACAUUCUGACCGGCCGAUGGAUCAAUCCAAAUGAAGAUAUUGAAACUAUGUAUAUCAGUGAAUUUGCAUUAGAUCCCCUAGUCGACUUCUACUAUUCAGCCUUAAUUCCGCCUUUAUCUGUCUUAACAAUUAGAGCAGAUAUUCGUGAAAAAUUUAUUAUUAGCGUAGAGUCUGCUGUUAUAAGAGAA